UUCAGAUCCAUCAUGGAUGAAACACAAACACCUGAAGAAGGUUUUUUUCCAGGAUGCAGCCAUGAAGUCCUCAAAACAUUUAGAUCAAAUCUGAUGAAGAAGUUUGAGUGUCUGUAUGAAGGAACAGUGAUGCAGGAAAACCCAACACCGCUGAAUGAAAUCUACACAGAGCUCUACAUCACAGAGAGUGAGAGUGGAGAGAUCAGUAAUGAGCAUGAGGUGAGACAGAUUGAGACACAAUCCAGGAGAGCAGCAACAGAGGACACAGCGAUCAAAUGCAAUGACAUCUUUAGACCUUUACCUGGACAAGACAAACCCAUCAGAACUGUGCUGACAAAGGGAGUCGCUGGCAUUGGAAAAACAGUCUCUGUGCAGAAGUUCAUCCUGGACUGGGCUGAAAGGAAAGAGAAUCAAGACAUCCAGCUCAUAUUUCCACUUCCUUUCAGAGAGCUCAAUUUGAUGAAGGACAAAAAAUGCAGUCUUUCAGGUCUUCUUAAUUUCUUUUUCCCCGAAACAAAACAAAUUGACAUAUCCAUGAAGGAAUAUAAAGUAUUGUUCAUCUUUGAUGGUCUGGAUGAGUGUCGUCUGUCUCUGGACUUUAAGCACAAAGUAAAACUGUGUAACAUAUCUAAAUCAGCCUCAGUGGAUGUGCUGCUGAUGAACCUCAUUGUGGGGAAUCUGCUUCCCUCCGCUCUCAUCUGGAUCACCUCCAGACCAGCAGCAGCUGAUCUCAUUCCCUCUGAGUGUGUCCAUCGAGUGACAGAGGUACAAGGCUUCAAUGAGCCACAGAAGGAGGAAUACUUCAGGAAGAGGAUCAGUGAUCAGAGUCUGGCCAACAGGAUCAUCUCACACCUGAAGUCAUCAAGGAGCCUCUUCAUCAUGUGUCACAUCCCAGUGUUCUGCUGGAUUUCAGCCGCUGUUCUAGAGAAGAUGUUGAGUCAAGCAGAGAGUGGAGAGAUUCCCAGGACUCUCACUCAAAUGUACACACACUUCCUGAUUCUUCAGACCAACAUCAAACAUGAGAAGGACUAUGAGAAGAAUGUGACAGAUGAAGACAUGAUCCUCAAACUGGGGAAACUGGCUUUUCAGCAGCUUGUGAAAGGCAACCUGAUCUUCUAUGAUGAAGACCUGAGAGAGUGUGACAUUGAUGUGACAGAAGCAUCAGUGUACUCAGGAUUGUGCACUCAGAUCUUCAGAGAGGAGUUGGGCUUGUAUCAGGGGAAAGUCUUCUGCUUUGUUCAUCUGAGCCUUCAGGAACAUCUAGCAGCUCUAUAUGUGCACCUCUCAUUUACAAACAAAAAGGUAAAUGUGUAUGACAAAACCAAACGAAGUUCUUUCUCUAACGUUUUAAAGAGGAUGAAGUCAUUAUCUGAUCUGCAUCAAAGCGCUGUGAAUGAGGCUUUACAGAGUGGACAUCUGGAACUUUUCCUGCGGUUCCUUCUGGGUCUCUCAGUAGAGUCCAAUCAGACUCUCUUACAAAAACUACUGACACAGACAGUAAGCUACUCCUACAAAAAAAAGGAAACAGUUCAGUAUAUCAAAGAGAAGAUCAGGAAUAAUCGCUCUCUAGAGAAAUCCAUCAAUCUGUUUCACUGUCUGAAUGAACUGGGUGAUGAUUCACUGAUGCAGGAGAUCCAAGAUUAUCUGAAAUCUGGAAAAAUAAGAGAGACCAAACUCUCGUCUUCACAGUGGUCAGCUCUGGUUUAUGUGUUGCUGACAUCAGAGCAGAAGAUGGAUGUUUUUGUUCUAAAACAGUUUAUUGGUGCACAACAUACAACAGAUGAAGUUCUUCAGUAUUUGUUACCUGUGGUUAAAGAAUCCAGAUCAGUUCAGCUAUGUGGAUGUAAUCUCACUACUCAAUCCUGUGAAAGUUUGUCUUCGGCUCUACAAUACUCAAACUCAAACAUCCUGAGAGAACUGGACCUGAGUAACAAUGACCUACAGGAUUCUGGAGUGAAGUUUCUUUCUGAUGGACUGAGGAGUCCAAACUGUCAGCUAGAGAUUCUCAGAUUGUCUGGCUGUAUGGUGACAGAGAAAGGCUGUCAUUAUGUGUUUUCAGCUCUGAGUUCAAACCCCUCACACCUGAGAGAGCUGGAUCUGAGCUACAAUCACCCAGGAGAUUCAGGAGUCAAACUACUCACUGAAAAACUGCUGGAUUCAACCUGCUCAUUGGACAAACUCAAUGUGGAUCAUGGAGGAGAAUUCAGGAUUACAGCAGGAUUGAAGAAAUAUGCCUGUUUUGUCACACUGGAUCCAAACACAGCACACAAACAACUCAUUCUGUCUGAGGAGAACAGAAAGGUGACAUUUGGGUAUCGGUCGUAUCCUGAUCAUCCAGAUAGAUUUGAUGAGUGGUAUCAGGUGUUGUGUAGAGAGAGUGUGUGUGGACGCUGUUACUGGGAGAUUGAGUGGAGUGGAGAUGAUUAUGUGUCUAUAUCAGUGUCAUAUAAGAGCAUCAGCAGAAAGGGACAGGGUGGUGAGUGUGUGUUUGGAUCUAAUGAUCAGUCCUGGAGUUUGAUCUGCUCUCACUCCAGAUACUUAUUCAGACACAAUAAGAUAGAGACUGUUCUCCCUGUGAAGCCCAUCAGCAGUAGAAUAGGAGUGUAUGUGGAUGUGAGUGCAGGAACUCUGUCCUUCUACAGCGUCUCUGACACAAUGAGGCUCAUCCACACAGAACAGACCACAUUCACUCAGCCGCUCUAUCCUGGGUUUACGGUUUAUUAUAGAUCAUCAGUGAAACUGUGUUGAUGAAUCAGAAUAGACUGAUGAGAGAUUCUACCCAUAAUGCUUUGAGCUGCAUGAUAAAUCAGUAACAGUGAGAUGUUAUUGAGUCUCUUCAUGACAUUAAUACUGCAGCUCAACUUC